AUAACGUGGCGGCUAGAUUGACAGUGCUUUUUGACUUGGCGACUGGCUUGACCGCAGUAUUAUUUCGACGGACCCAUUCUCAAGAGACGGAAGUUUCCUCCUAUGGUCUACAACCCCCUCUUACAAUCAUCUGACUUGACCAGCCUUUAUGGCAAUUUAGAAGUGAAAGUUAAAAUGAAAGUGAAAUGAAGUGUUCAGUCUGCCGCAUUGCGCUAACAGAAGCGUGCGUCAGCAGUAAUAUCUGCGAUCAUUUGCAGCUAGUAGACAUGAUCUUUCUGCUUUAUUUCGCAUAGGCUAUUGGAAGAUGCAGCCACCGAACUGUGUUUUGAUUUCAGUAUUACUGAUGAUCGCUGAUGGCUUCAUUGUGCAUGGACCCGCUGGUCCUUUGGUUGCUCCACCAGGAUCUUCUGUGGCUUUGCCCUGUUAUGUUGAUGAACUCUUAGUAAUGGAGGAUCUGGAGGUGGAAUGGAGAAGAACAGACUCAGGGACUCUGGUUCAUCUGUAUCAAGAUGGUGAGAGUCGACCAGAGGUCCAGCAGCAGGAUUAUCAUGAAAGAGCUCAUUUCUUUACUGAUCAGAUUCAACAUGGAAACCUCUCCCUCCGUCUGGACAAUCUGAGAGCUGAAGAUGAGGGACGAUACACAUGUAGAGUUUACAGUCAGCAGGAUUCUGGAGAAACUGUGGUUCAGUUAAAAUAUGCUGAGCGUUUGCUAGUGUCAGGAUCAGAUGAGUCCAUAUCUGCAUCUGUGGGUGAGGACGUCACUCUGAGCUGCUCUGUAGACUCUCACAUCACACCUGAACACAUUGAAGAGGUUUCAUGGAUAAAAACAGAUGAAGAUAUUCUGGUUCUGCUCUACCAAAACAAUGAGACAUUUUCAGAUUCAGCACAUGAGCAAUACCGUGGCAGAGUUGAGUUCUUCACUGCUGAAAUUCCCAAAGGAAACUUCUCUCUCAGACUGAAGAGCGUCAGAACUGAGGAUAAAGGAGUUUACAUGUGUUUAGUGUUUGCUGGAGGACUUUCAGCCAAUGCAACUGUGGUACUGGAAAGACUGGGUUUCUCUGUUUCAAGCAUAAUGAUAUUGCUUGUCUGUAUUUCUGCAUCUGGAUCUGCUCUUCUGCUCUGCUGUCUGAUCUACUGUAGGUCACCUACUAAAGGUUUACUUGUGCAGCAAUUAAACAAUUUUUUCCCACUGGGAUCUUCAGUGGUUUUGCCCUGUUGUGUUGACAAACUCUUAUUAAAGAAAAAUCUGAAGGUGGAAUGGAGAAGAAUAGACUCAGAGACUUUGGUUCAUCUGUAUCAAGAUGGUGAGAGUCGAGCAGAGAAACAAUCGCAGGAUUAUCAUAAUAGAGCUCAUUUCUUUAGUGAUCAGUUUCAACAUGGAAACUUUUCUCUCCGUCUGGACAAUCUGAGAGCCGAAGACGAGGGACGAUACACAUGUAGAGUUUACAGUGACCAGGACUGUGUGUAUUCAGCAGAGAUAAAUUUGGCAAAACAGUUCAAAGUGAAAAGUUCAUCUGUUCAUCAGACAGUGGCCCUGGGAGGUUCAGUGGGUUUAUUAUGUCGUGUUGACAAAAACUUGUUACAGAACAGUCUGAAGGUGGAAUGGAAAAGAGCAGACUUAGAGACUCUGGUUCAUCUGUAUCAAGAUGGUCAGAGUCGACUAAACAAACAGGACAAAGAUUAUCAUCACAGAGCUCAUUUUUUAAACAAGAAGAUUAAAGAUGGAAACUUCUCCCUUCGUCUGGAAAAACUGAGCGCUGAAGAUGCUGGAAAAUACAAAUGUAAAGUUUUCAUUGACGAGGAAUGUGUGCAUUCAGCAGACACAGAGGUGAUACUGGGGUUUAAUGUUAAAUGUUCUCGUCACACACCUGCAUUUCUGGGAGCUUCAGCAGUUUUGCCCUGUUAUGUUGAAGAACUCUCAUCAAUGGAGGGUCUGAAGGUGGAAUGGAGAAAAACAAACUCAGACGCUCUGGUUCAUCUGUAUCAAGAUGGUGAGAGUCGACCAGAGGCCCAGCACAAAGAUUAUCAUCACAGAGCUCAUUUCUUUACUGAUCAGAUUCAACAUGGAAACUUCUCCCUCCGUCUGGACAAUCUGAGAGCUGAAGAUGAGGGACGAUACACAUGUAGAGUUUACACCAAAAAGGAAUAUGUAAUUUCAGCUGAGUCAAAGUUGAUACCGAGACUACAAGAUCUAUUUUUCUAUCUUCAGAUGUUUCUAGUUUUCUGUCCAAAUAUUCUGAUGUUUCUUGCUUUUGUCCUUUGGGGUGUUUCUGAAGGGUCUCUGAAUGAGUCAGUCUCUUGUUGUGCUCUUUAUUUUCUGAGGCCUCUCUUGUUGCUUUGGGUGGCUCCAUAUGUACAUGAGUUCAUCACAGGCUACACUGCAACAUGGAUUCUGAAUUACAAUUCUGUUGUAGAAUAUAUUGUUCUUUUAGUUGUUGUUUAUUCAGCUCUUUUUGCAAGUGUUUGGGAAAAACUUGUGAAUUAUGCUGAGUUUGACAGAUUCUCAUCAGAUACAAUGAGUGAAUGA